AUGCCUCCCAAAAAGGGAUUCCGCAAGUCGAUGCCUGCACAAGUCAACAAUGACGCUUCUCUGCUGGUGCCUUCAAGGCGUUCCCCCAGAGUCCCCGCCUCGGAGAAAGCUUUAAAUUCAUCGACUCGCUCCUCCAAGACUCUUGAUCUUCCUUCCUCCCCCACACCUGACAACUCUUUCAACAUUCGUUUCUACACUCCAAAGACCCCUUCCAACAAAUCUCACUCGAGGAACACCUCUCCUGACGUGCCCUUGACACGUCGAAGCACCUUCCAAGCUCGCCCCUCUCGUCUCUCAUCUGUUUACACCCCAGCCGUUGAGAGUCCCACCUCCAACCACAGCGGCCGCCGUACUCGUCGCACCGCUGCACUUGAAACUCCUCAAACCUCUUUCUCAGACCACGAUAUGUCUGACACCCUCGGCUCCACUGGCUGGACCUACGGCCAGUACAUGGGCGGUCUCGGCUUGGACGGAACGAUGGAUUCCCGUCCCUCUCCCAGCAUCUCAUCCAUGGGGACCCGGGCCUCAACUCGCCUUCGCAAGCCCACGGCCAAGGCUCUCGAGGCAAUGCAAUCUCAGCAGAAGCCUCGACGUCUUCACAAAGACGGCUCAGCCCAGAUCACCUUCAAGAACGUUUUCAAGCCUACCACUGAGCCUGCGUCUACGAGUGCGUCCACUUCCACGUCCAUGUCCGCCCCAAAGAUGGGUGCCAAGACUGGACCCAAGCUGGCUGCAAAGUCGGCUGCCAAACCGGCACCUCGGACGAGCACUCGCACAGGCAAGAAAGGCCAAAACGCCUUGAAGGCCUCUCUCCACCGCAUCCAGAUCACCGUCGGCCGGGCGGGCCAGAAGCUCUUUGAGCUGGCCACAGUCGCCCUGAGCUCUGAGUUUGUCGCUCCGUCCGAUCCUGAACAGUUUGUUCAGGAUCUACGAGCAGCUCAGCAAACGGAUGCCGUGGAGGAGGAAGAUGCCGAGAGCAUCUCCCCGGACACCAAUCCCGAGCGCAAAGUCAUGCUCACCUUCAAGUUUUCCGCCGUGCCGUCUGUGGACCAGGAAGACUGGGUUCACACGGGUCGUGUCAACAAUCACGGCGAAGAGGUGGUGCUGACGCCUCCGGGAUACAGCCUCGAUCGUGCCCCCCACAACUAUGGGGACGAGGCUUUACCCUCCCCUCCCGUCCGAACUCUACCGGACGAUCAGGCGACGGCCAACUUUGGCCUCGGCUAUCCGCCUCUCCUCGGUGACCGAAACGUCCCGUUCGGUGUACAGUCCCAGUUCGAACCAGAGGACGUCACCGAGGAGAAGGCCCAGGUACAGGCACGCAAGAAGAAAGCUGCCGCACCCGCUAAGCCCGCUCAGAAGGGGGGCAGAAAGCGUCGCCUGCCUGGAGCCGACAUCGCCGAGAUUCCUGCAACCUCGUCUGCUCCCGCCGCUCCGGAAAAUAGUGAGCGUGCGCAGAAGCGGCGUCGCGGGGAGACUGUCUCCCAGCCUGCAUCGAGUAAGCAGGCACCGCGCAAGACGCUCGCUCCGCGGUCGGCCAAGGCCGAGCCUAAGACGAAGGCGCCGUCUCCUUCUCCCGUGGAGGAGGAAGCACCAUCACAGAAGGUGCAGCGCCUUCGGAUUACGGUGAAGCCUCCGACCUCGGCGGAGAUGCAGGAGGAGGAUAGGGUGGUGUUCGGGGAUGACGAGGCCGACACCCCGGCUCGACCUGCGGCUAGACACAGCCGCCAGCAACCAGCCGACCUCUAUACUGAGGUCGAAUCGACCCAGAUGCCCGCUACAUCCAAGGGCAAGAAGAGAGCAGCAGCCCUUAUCUCCGACGAUGAGGUGACCGAAAGGUCAACGUUGCCCACCAAGCGGGCACGGGCUGCUGACUCUCAGGUCGGUACUGCCGUCGCUGCCGCUCCGCGAGGCCGUGGCCACGCUAUUAGCCGUGGUCGUGGUAUCGAUCGGGGUGGAGGUCGAGGCCGAGGUGCCUCUAGCUCUCGGGGGAAAGCCCCAGGUCGGGGAGGGAAGCGUGGUAGAGGGUCAGGAUGA